GAUACUCAGCAUUUCACAAAUCUGUGUUUUCUCACCCGAUCAAAGAAAGAAAGAAAGCUUACCCCCUUCUGUGGGUAGGUGUGCAGUGCCUGUCUGUCGCACACAGACCACCACUCUCUUCUUUUUUCAGUUUUCUUUGCCUAGGUUUCGCCGCCGAUCCUUCUCCGUCACCGUCUUGGACUCCGGCUAAUUCUUUAUAUUUCUUCAUUAUUCAAAGUAAGUCUCUUCCUCUGUAGUCUAUACCCCGCCUCUCUCUCUCUCUCUCUAUAUAUAUAUAUUUACACGCUUGGAUAUAAUAUAUGUAUAUGCAUGUGAAUCGGAUUGCUGCAAACUCGAUUGAUGGGGCAUAAGAAGCGAAACGUCGCUCGCUCCAAGCAAUCACCGGUGGCUCAACCGGCCGCCGGCGGCGGAGCGGAUUAUGCUACUCUAGCGGAAAUCGAUUCCUUCCCCAAUCCAAAUACCAAUACCCACAAGAACCAGACUAGGAUCGAGCCGUUGGUGGAAUCGGACGGUUCGUCUUACUCCACUGUCAAGCUUGAAUGCGAGAAAGCCCUAACUGCGCUGCGGCGCGGGAACCACACCAAGGCGCUGCGGCUCAUGAAGGAGUCAUGUGUUCGGUACGAGGGUACGCCCCACUCGGCGCUGAUUCACCGAGUUCAGGGAACAGUGUUUGUUAAAGUAGCCUCCAUCAUUGACGACCCCAACGCCAAGCAGCGGCACUUGAAGAACGCGGUGGACUCGGCGCGUAGAGCCGCUGAACUUUCGCCGAAUUCAGUCGAAUUCUCGCACUUCUACGCGAAUUUGCUCUACGAGGGGGCCAACGAUAGCAAGGAGUUCGAGGAGGUGGUGCAGGAGUGCGAGCGGGCGUUGGCGAUCGAGAAACCGGUCGAUCCUGCCAAGGAGAGUUUGCAGGAAGAAAGCCAGCAGAGGAUAUCAUCGCCAGAGGCGAGAAUUGGGCAUGUUCAGAACGAGCUGAGGCAGCUGAUUCAGAAGUCGAACAUUGCGUCCUUGUCGACUUGGAUGAAGAACUUGGGGGGAAGUGGGGAGGAGAAGUUCCGGCUGAUUCCAAUUAGGAGGGUUGCGGAGGACCCCAUGGAGGUAAGGAUGGUACAAGCAAGGAGGCCGAACGAGAUUAAGAAGGCCACCAAGACACCUGAGGAGAGGAGGAAAGAGAUUGAAGUGAGGGUGGCUGCGGCGAGGUUGUUGCAGCAGCAUAAGUCGGAGUCGGACAGGGCCCAAUCUCAUAAUGGGGGGUCGGAUUCGUCUUCAGGAUCAAAAGUAGCCGAGCAGCGACGAGGCAAGUAUGGGGUUGUCAGGAAAAAUGGGUCUAGGGCGGAGAGGAGGGAUUGGGUUUGGUCCUAUUGGAAUUCUAUGAGUGCUGAUAUGAAGAAAGAGUUGCUUAGGAUUAGGGUUUGCGAUCUGAAGGCCCAUUUCGGUUCAUCCAAGGAUGGUUUAGCCAAUGAGGUUUUAUCGGAGGCCCUGUCAUAUGCCGAGGCUAAUAAGACUUGCAAGCUCUGGGUUUGCUGUCGAUGUAACGAAAAGUUCUCUGCUUCAGAGUCUCACAUGCAGCAUGUUGUGCAGGAGCACAUGGAAAACCUAUCACCCAAAAUGCAGUCAGUUUUGCCUCAGAAUGUUGAUACUGAAUGGACUGAGAUGCUUCUUAAUUGUCCUUGGAAACCGCUAGAUGUAUCAGCUACUGUUAGGAUGUUUGGAAUUCAAAGAAGAAGCAGCAGCAAGGAUUCUGAGUUUGAAGAGGAUUUCUAUUUGGGGAAUCGUACAGAGGAGCGUGAGGACUGCUUCAAGGAUGCAUGGGAUUCCUCUUACCCUGAGAAUGAAAGUUUCAAGGAUGGUUGCAACAACGCUUCUUUAAAGAGCAGCAAUGGGAAUGAUAAAGUUUCCAACAUUGAGAGUAGAGAAUGUGAUGACGGCCAUGGCUCUUUGACGUAUUCCCUUGCUCAUAGCUGGCCAAUAUCUGAUGAUCCUGACCGUGGAAAACUUAUUGAAAGAAUUCAUGCUGUGUUUGAGGUGCUUAUUAGACACAAAUAUCUUGCUGCAAGUCAUCUUAACAAGGUGCUACAAUUUACGAUGGAUGAGCUGCAAGGUCUUGUUGCUGCUCUUGCUUCUGGUUCCCAGCAUCUGAACCUUGGUUUGGAUCAAACACCUAUAUGUAUCUGCUUUUUGGGAGCAACCCAGCUCAGGAAAAUCCUUAAAUUUUUGCAGGAAUUAUCACAUUCUUGUGGUUUAGGUAGGUAUCCUGAGAAAAGCAGUAGUGGUCCCAUGGAUGAUGCAACCAGUGGUACUCAAGCGCAUGAGAUUAAGGAGAAGAUUGUUCUUAAUGGAGAUGGAUCUUGUCUUCUUUUGGAUGAAUCUUUGCUGCCAAUUGAAUGUACCCCUGGCAUGGGUCAUGGUGCUGCCAUUGAUAAUGUGGCUGCUGAUGGCAUCGCAAAUGAGGAUCAACCUGAUGCAGAUGCUUUACUAUCUUGGAUAUUUUCAGGUCCUGCAAGUGGGGAACAGUUGUCUUUCUGGAUGCGAACAAAAGAGGAAAAAAUGCAACAGGGAUUGGAAAUUCUUCAGAUGCUUGAGAAGGAAUUCUGCCACCUACAAAGUCUCUGUGAGGGAAAGUUUGAGCAUUUGAGCUAUGAGAAAGCAUUGCAGACAGUGGAGGAGCUGUGUUUUGAAGAAGGUAAGAAGAGGGAGAAUUUUGCAGAAUUUGUGCAUAGAAGUUAUGACUCUGUUUUGAGGAAGCGUAGAGAAGAGCUUCUUGAGAGUGACAAUGAUGUACUUAUAAAAAAAGAGAGUGAGAAUGAUGUGAUGUUCCUCAGCAGUAGGUUUGAACUUGAAGCUAUAUCAAAUGUUUUAAAAGAAGCAGAAGCGCUAAAUGCUAAUCAAUUUGGAUAUGAGGAAACAUACGGUGGGGUGACCUCUCAGUUAUCUGACUUGAAACCUGGUGAAGUUGAUGAUUGGAGAGCGAAGGACUAUUUUCACCAAGUGGACACUUGUAUAGAAGUUGCAAUUCAGAGGCAGAAAGAACAGUUAUCCAUAGAGCUCAGCAAAAUUGAUGCACGAAUCAUGCGAAAUGUUUCUGAGAUGCAGCAGUUGGAACUAAAGCUUGAGCCUGUUUCUGCCCUCGAUUAUCGGUCAAUAUUAUUGCCUCUAGUCAAGUCAUACCUGAGGGCACACUUAGAGGAUUUGGCUGAGAAAGAUGCCACAGAGAAGUCUGAUGCAGCUAGAGAAGCCUUUUUAGCAGAGCUUGCUCAUGAUUCCAAGAAGGGUCUCAAAGGAGGAAGUGAUAAUUCCAGGCAUGCACAGGAGAAAACAAAGGAUAAGAAAAAGAACAAGGAGUACAGGAAAACCAAAGAUUCAAAGGCUACCAGUGGUCUCGAGCUGCACACACUUCGUACUGAGGCUGUUGAGCCAAUCAGUUCCUUUCCAGUUGAAUCUGAUUGUGAUCAUCAAGAUUCUGAGAUUGUUGUUUCUGAGAAUGGCAAUUACUUAACACAACAGGAAGAGGAAUUUAAACUUAAAUUUAAGCUUGAGGAGGAAGAAAGAAUGCUUGAAGAAACCUUGGAGUAUCAAAGACGAAUUGAGAAUGAGGCUAAACAGAAGCACCUUGCUGAGCAACACAAGAAAUAUACUCGACCAUAUACAGAGGUGGCAGAAGGAUUGCAUGAUGUUUACUUGGAGUCUGGUGCAGAUGAUCAAGAUGUGCAUGAGCAGCUGAUACCUUGUACACAGGAGCACUUGGCACUGAAGGAUGGAGUCCCCAACGAUCUAGAAGACAUGCUUCCAAAUGGUUCCCCUCGUCCAAAAAUAUCUACUGUGUCUGGUGCCAAAAAGAUAAGUAAUGUGAAUCACACAACAGCUAAACAAGUCUUAGCUAAUGGAGGGAUUGCAGAGGAUGGCCUUUUGCCAUCUGAUCAACGAACAGGAAGGAAAGGUAAACGGCGGAGGAGUUCCUCCAAAUUGGUUGAUGGAAAGGGUCAAGCUAUGUCACCUGGAAAGGAAAAUAUUGAUGUUGGGAGUUCACAUAUCGAAAGUGGCUUAAAAGAGCAAGAUAGAUUACAUGACCCCCUCUAUGCAGACAGCGCUGGCUCUAUUCCAGUAGACAACGGAACAAAAACAUUGAGACAAUUGAAAGUAGAGGUUGAAGAGGAAGAAAGGUUCCAAGCUGACUUUAAACAAGCUGUGCUCCAAAGCCUUGACACAUACAAUGCUCAAGCGCAGAAGAAACAACCUGUGGUUUCAAGUUUAAGGACGCAACAGAGGAUUUGUCCAGAAGCAGAUAAGUUUGAUGUUUCACCAAAUGAAGGCACAGUGGAUGCGAAUCAUGCAGAUGUCAUUGGUACUGGGCUGCAGAAUGAAGUGGGCGAGUACAAUUGCUUUCUGAAUGUUAUCAUACAGUCCUUGUGGCAUUUAAGACGGUUUCGAGACGAGUUUCUGAGGAGAUCAACAUCAGUGCAUGUUCAUGUGGGUGAUCCUUGUGUCGUUUGUGCAUUGUAUGAAAUCUUUGCAGCCCUGAACAUUGCAUCAACAGAUAUGCGAAGAGAAGCAGUGGCCCCUACUUCUUUGAGAAUAGCUCUAAGCAACCUGUAUCCUGAUAGUAACUUCUUCCAGGAGGCUCAGAUGAAUGAUGCUUCCGAAGUACUAGCAGUGAUCUUUGACUGCCUUCACAGAUCGUUUAUUACUGGUUUGACUGCUUCUGAUACCGAAUCGGUGGAAAGCGAUUGCACGGGGUCUUGGGAUUGUGCUAACAAUUCUUGUAUAGUGCAUUCCCUUUUUGGAAUGGACAUUUUUGAAAGAAUGAAUUGCUACAAUUGUGGUCUGGAGUCCCGACAUUUAAAGUAUACUUCCUUCUUUCAUAAUAUAAAUGCCAGUGCCCUCCGAACCAUGAAGGUUAUGUGUCCAGAAAAUUCCUUUGAAGAGCUUUUAAAUCUCGUAGAAAUGAAUCAUCAGUUAGCUUGUGAUCCUGAUGUUGGUGGCUGUGGGAAGCUCAACUACAUCCAUCACAUUCUCUCAACUCCACCACGCACUUUCACAACAGUCCUUGGUUGGCAGAAUACAUGUGAGAGUGUUGAUGACAUAACAGCGACACUGGCAACCCUAAGUACUGAGAUUGAUAUCAGUAUCCUUUAUCGUGGUUUGGAUCCCAAGAGCACGCAUAGUUUGGUUUCAGUGGUUUGCUACUAUGGGCAACACUAUCAUUGCUUUGCCUAUAGUCAUGACCAUGAACGGUGGAUUAUGUAUGAUGAUAAAACUGUCAAGGUCAUUGGUGGUUGGGCCGAUGUUCUUUCCAUGUGCAAAAGAGGGCACUUGCAACCUCAGGUUCUUUUCUUUGAAGCUGUAAACUAGUUUUGUGUUGGAAAUUGUCAUGGUGGAUUAGAGAGCAGAGUUUGAUGCUCAUCUGCUGUCUAUGGUGAGGUGUUAAUGCAUUGCUGCUGAAGCCGGUGCAGUUCAAAUAGCGAAACCUGCAAGACUUGGUUUUAGGAAAGAUUGUGAAGUUUUGAUAUAAAAUUGAGAUGUGGCAUUGAACUCAAGAGUUUUGGAGCAACUGGUUCUAGCAGGAAAAGAUCUUGUAUUAAAAAAGGUUUUUGUUUGAACGAAAGGACGGCAGAUGACUGAAGAGCCCGAAAGCAUAGAUUUUGGUUCUCUUGCUUCGGAUUGUUUAGGAUUAGUCAAGUCAUCCUUGGAAUCGUCGUUUCAUUCCUUGGACCUUUUUAAUAAGAUGGUUGGAUGGGGAUGGGGGGAGGGGGGGUUGGUGGAUAGAGUUACUAUAAAGGUUGCAUGGCCGUUUAUACACUGGAGGAAAUGAGUGCAGGUCCUCGGGAGCAUAUAGCCAGUUGUAACGGUAAAAAUUCGGUAAAUUAGAUUCAAAAGCUCUUCAAAUUUUUUUUUUUUUUUUUUUUUUUCCCUUUUUGGAGUUUUGAAUGACUUCCUCCCCUCUCCCCUGUAUAGAUCAGAUCAUGGUGCUGCUUACAAAAACAUCGUUACGGCAUCUUGAUGCCCAUGUGAUUAAGAAUUGGAUAACUUUUGCUCCCAAAUUCUGAUUAUUGAUGUCAAUUAUCGGUUAAAAUUUUGCUUGUUA